AUGUUACUUCCGGUUUAAGUGUUGCUAUACGACUACAGGUAAUGAAGAGCCUGUCCUUUGUGAUAGCACACGCGCUACAAUUAGUGUUUCGUUCUUAGUUUCUGAAAUAGUAAUUGAUUGUGACGAUAAAACUUAAGAGAUUUCUUCUAUUUACUCUUAAGAUUUCAGGAGCAGACUUUAUAAGACAGCACAGACCUAUGGUGAUGACAUGUGUUUCUACGACAAUUCUAUUUACUGCUACUCAUCAUAUGAUAAGUGUGCAAAAAGAGAUAGAUGACUUCUCCAGCUCCUCGCCACUUAAAGUGAAGAAGGUCACAAGACUCUCUACAUUUCAAUCGAUGUACAGAACUCACCACUUUAAUAACGAAACUCCGCCCUUACUAAGAAAAAAUGAAUAUCUUUGCAGAAUUCGGCAGUGGAUAAUCCAUUUUUAACACAUCCUCAUCUGUUGGCAGAUAGUAAUUUAACAAAAUGCUGAAAACGUAUCCUGGAUUUCUUAUAGUCUGGCUGACAGUGGUAAGCAAACCUGUGUAUGGUCAAACAAUUUAUAAAUCCUCAAUGACUAAUUUGAAUGCGCUUGAUCCGACUGUAAAAGAUCAAAUGCUAAGCCUGGUGGAGGAAUCAAUGAGAACGAGUUUCUUGAAACUCAGUGCACAAUUCAAAGACAGGUUGGAUGACCUGCGAAUUGACAUGAGCCACCGAGAUACGGAACUGUACGUAGAAAUCUACAAUUUAAAGGAAACUUUAAAACGACAAGGAUUUACUCUAGAAAGUCAAUCGGCAAAUCGGAGCGAACUUGGGCAAGAAAGUCGCGAAUUGUCCUUCAAAUUGGCGUCGUUAGAGAAAGAAAUAAAAGAGACUUCAAAAGAAAGCGAAAACAAAAUCAAGAUUUUGAAGAAAAAAUUGGAUGUUCUGGAAAACGAAAAUAGAAUGAUGUCAUCUAGGCUAGAUGCAACACAAAUGACGUUCAUGUCAAUGGCUUCCCACUCAUCACUAAGGAAUAAUGAUUCUGAUGACGUUUCUGUGGAUAUCGUACACAAACUAAAACUGAUGGAUGAUAGACUGAACGAUCUCAAUGAAACUAUUCAUGAUAAUCAUAACUCUACAGCAGAUAUGACGAGGUUGGUGACAACCCUAAAUUCAGAUCUAAUGACUCUAAACAGUUCUAUCGACGCUUUAAAUAUCUCUGUAAACUCAAACUCAUACAGAAUCACAAGCCAAGAAAACCUGAUGAAAGUGGAAACAAAAAAACUAAUCCAAAGUGGACAAAUGUGUAGCGAUGGUUUGACAGUCCUAAGAGGUAAUUACAAUUUAACAAUGUCGAACAUCGAAAAUAUGAAAACCACGCAAAGAGAAAUAUCGUCAGAUCUGAAGGAUCACAUAGUUAUGGUUUACUCGCUUGCAGGCUCCCUGAAUACCACGAUAGAAGGACUGGGACACCUGGAAAAGAAAUUGAAUGUAAACUUGACUAAUUUUCAAAUGGAAACUCAAUCAUUUUGGAAAAGAGAACUCGGUAAUCUGCAAUCUAACAUAUCCGAUAUUACAAAUACAAGCAAUGUCCUGAAAACAUCGAUACAAAACCUUUCGUCGCAGAACACAGAGCGCAGAUUGUCAGUGAAGAAGUUAAGUCUGAAUGUUUCCACGUUACAGUCAAACGUUGAACAACUGAGGCAUGAGCAAAAUGAAACAAACGCAAAUAUGGAAAUCAGGCUGCAGCAGACGACUACUAAGGCCGAUAACGCUCGUCUGCUGUCUAUCAGCACUUCAAUACGGAAGUCAGUAGAGGAGUGCGAGAAAAAUAUCAGUGAUAUCCAGUCAGGAAAUGUUGAAAACGGUGUAGAAAUUAAACUUCUGCAGAAUCAGUUUCGCAGUGUAACAUCAAAUGUAUCUCACUUUCAAACUCUAAUUAGUCAAAAUUCAAUCAAAACUGAAAAUCUUACAUUUCUCAUCAAUGUGACUCGACAAGACCACGCUGAAUUAAGAACCUCUGUCACUACUUUGGAAAGUAACUUUUCUCUUCUCCAGCAAAACGAGGAAAAGACUGGUAUAAGAAUGAAGACCCUGGACUCCGAUUGGUCGUCUUUCCGAUCUCAAUACAGGAUGGAAAUGAAUUCUAUCCAGGACAGCGUGAACUCCACUAGGGAGGAUUAUAAAGGUCUAACAGCUCUUAGUGAAGCCAACAGCGCUUCCUGUCAGUCCAGUGUAACAGCUGUCAAUACGUCCCUGAACCAAUUCACGGAACGAUUUUCUUCAGUUAAUGCUUCUAUUGCAAAAUUUGAACAAGAUUUAACAACAUCCAAAGCUCUGAUGGAAAGUUCGAAAUUCCAAAUCCGCAACAUCACUACCACUGUCGAGGAACUUCAAACUCAAAUGAACACCACAGGUCCGGCCGUCAAUAGCCGACUGUCGUCUCUGCUCCAAUCCAUUACUAACCACGACAGUAGAAUAACGAAUAUAUCAUCGAUAGUGACGUCACACAGCACCAGUAUAUCCUCCCUCCAGAGCAACCUAAAUGUUGCUGUUGCUAUCAACAACGCUCAAAAUGUGUCCAUUUCACGAAUAGACAGGACCAUAAUUUCACUCGUUCCUGUUCGAUUGGUCGGUGGAUCCACUUCGAGAGAAGGGCGUGUAGAGGUUUUUAAUUCUGGAACAUGGGGAACUGUGUGUGAUGAUAGCUGGGGCAGUGCGGACGCCAAAGUUGUGUGUAGGAUGCUGGGGUAUACAGGUUCAACACUAGUUACACAGCUUUACAUCUCCAGGUCGUAUACCGCUAUUGGGAGUGCUCACUUUGGACAAGGCUCGGGUCAGAUCUGGCUGGAUGAUGUAGCUUGCUCUGGAUCAGAAACCUCAAUUUUCUUAUGCCCCAAUAGUGGACUCGGCACUCAUAACUGUGGACACGGCGAGGACGCUUCUGUUAGAUGCACAUAGAAUAGCACAGAAAGAAGUCCGAUCUAUUGGACUUUAAUAUCACGAAUUAAGUAUACGUAAUAUAGUUGUAAUAUUUGACUUCAUAUGACGGCACAAUUUCUUUACGUUGACGUUUCUAAUAUUUUUAUAGAUGUUUUACAAAAAUUGUCAUUAAAACCUUAAAUAACGUGAUAUCAGCAUAUAUUUGGUAUUUUUAUGAACAGAAAAUGAUACAUAAUAAAAUUCUAGGAAAAACUAAAAAAUGUGAAAUUUUGACCUUAAGGGCCCGUUUCUCAUGACGCCAGUCAUAUAUAUUUACAUAUUUUACUUGACGACACUACACUGCCCACCAAAAAUAAGUAUACACUCACCAAAAUAAGUUACUUGCACAUUAAAAAAAAAUGGGUUACAUCAUAAAUACAGAUCUUUCGAUGCAAAAUACAAAACUCUUGCAUAUAAAUAGAUGAUGUUAAGCUUUUAACUUUUUAUAUCCACAUUUUUUAUUAAAAUAUUUCAUUUUUUCGAAUUCUCUAAAAAGGCGAUAUUAUGUAAUCUUAACCGUUUCAAACUCAUUACUAAUACAUAUUAUUGUGCAUUUGAUGUGUACUUUUAUAAGAUCCUUUCAUUUCUUUUAUUUUGAUAAAUCAAUAUCACAAUUUAACAGACUAUGCCAAAAAUAUUGAAUAUCCAUUAUUGCUUCAUAUAUAUAUUGAAGUUGUACCUUUUUUUAACUGAUUACUUUACUGAGGUAAAUUGAAAGAUAUACACAGUGAAUUAAGUUCGUUUUCAUUAUAUUGAAUAUAUUUCAUGCUAAAAUGUGUGAAAAUCAUACGUGUAUACUUAUCUAUGGUGGAUAGUGUAUAUAGACAGCGGAUGUGAUCAAUCAACAGGGGAUGCUUACUCCUCCUAGGCAUCUGAUCCCACCUCUCGUGUAUCCAGGGCUCCGUGUGUGCCCUUCUGUUAAUCUUGUAUUCUUUAUAGGAGUUGAGAUUCAUCAUUGUUCGUUAUCUUCACUUGUACAAUCAUUGCAUCUGCUAUUUUGGUAUAUGAUAAUACAUGUAGAUAUUAAAUGUAAAUUAUAAAAAGAUAGCUUCAACAAUGCC